AUGACUACUGAAGAACAUGAACAAGUUGUUGAUCAACAACAACAACAAAAUGAUACUCAAAAUGAAGUCCAAAAGGAUGUCAAAGAAGAUUUACUAAAAAAUGAAGUUAGUGGUGAUUCAAAUGGUGAAGAUGAAACUUCUGAAUCAAUUAAAGACACCAAACAAAAUGAACAACAAAAUGGUGAUUCAUCAAAUGAACACAAUGGUGAACAAAAUAGUGAACAAUCCCAUCAACAACAACAACAACAACAACCUGAAGUUCAACCUGCUUUAGCUACUCAAGGUGGUCGUGAAGUUUCAAACAAGAUCUUAUACGUUGGUGGCUUAGAUAAAACUAUUAGUGAAGAUCAAUUACGUGAAAUAUUUUCUCAACAUGGUGAAAUUGAUAAUGUUAAAAUUCUUUUUGAUAAAAAUAAACAAAAUUUUAAUUAUGCAUUUAUUGAAUUUCAAAAUGAAUUAAAUGCUUCAAAUGCAUUUCAAGAAUUAAAUAAUAAAACUUUACAAAAUUCAGUUAUUAGUAUUAAUUGGGCUUAUCAAUCUCAACAAGCUAAAAAUUCUUCUGAACAUUUUAAUAUCUUUGUUGGUGAUUUAUCAACUGAAAUUGAUGAUGAACAAUUAAAAGCUGCUUUUAAUGAAUAUAAAUCACUUGUACAAGCUCAUGUUAUGUGGGAUAUGCAAAGUGGUCGUUCAAGAGGUUAUGGAUUUGUUUCAUUUACAAAUCAACAAGAUGCUGAAUUAGCUUUAACAACAAAACAAGGUUCACAAAUUGGUAAUAGACAAGUUCGUUUAAAUUGGGCUUCUCAUAAACAACAUAAUAAUCAUGGUCAUAAUGGUCAUCAUAAUCAUCAUCAUAAUAAUCAUCAUAAUGGUCAUCAUCAUAGAAAUAAUGGUUAUAAUCAUCGUGGUCAUCAUAAUGGACAUCAUAAUCAUCAUUUAAAUGGUUAUCAAACAAAUGGUUUACAUUCUACAAAUGGAUUCACAAAUAUAAAUCCAAAUGGAUUAAUUAAUGGUUCAACUUCAUUAACUGGUACUACAACUUCAGGCGCACCAGGUGCACCAACUCCAUUAACAAUCACACCAGCAGGUGCAGUUCCAACAGUUGCAACAGGUUUAAACAUUGUUUCACCACAAUCUUAUGAUUUAGUCUUGAGAAAAACCCCAUCAUGGUUAACAACAGUUUAUUUAGGUAAUUUAACUCCAUAUACAACACAAAAUGAUUUAAUUCCAUUAGUACAAAACUUUGGUUAUAUUGUUGAUUUAAAAUUUCAUCAAGAAAAAAAUUGUGCAUUUAUUAAAUAUGAUUCUCAUGAACGUGCUGCUUUAGCUAUUGUUCAAUUAUCUGGAUUAAUUAUAAAUGGUCGUCCUUUGAAAACUGGUUGGGGUAAAGAUAGAAUUAAUCAUAAUGUUCAAUAUCAAAAUUAUGGUCCUGUUAUUUAUCAAGGUCGUUAA